AUGCCCUUUUUUAAUAAAUGUUUUCAAAAUGUCUUUGCAAAGGAUUCCGAACCCGCCAAACCCAAGGUUCGGUUUUUACUUCCAGGGGAGUCAUCAGGCUCACCAAUCUUAGAACCCAGCUCAGUCUAUAGGGACUCCAGGUAUCUAAGAAAAGCUGGAACUGAAACUUAUGGCGAGAUUUUUCAGAAUAAGCUGGAUUACACAGAGCCAUCAACCGGAAUACCAUUAAUUAGAAGGCGCGCUUUAGAAGCUGAGAAUGCAAAGCAACCACCAAAGAACAGCCCUCCGCAUUUCUCUCCACCAAAGUCGAUCUUUGUACGCAUUGCGGAGGAUCCACGUGUUUUUCCCGAUGAUUUUAUGGAUAUGCUGGAUGGCACAGAAGUAUCAGUUGCGUCAGAAUCAGUUGUUUUGCAAAAUGCAGAGUCAAGUUUGAUCUAUGAUAAACUUAGAGGUCCAGUAAAUAUUGGAAUUGAUUUUUCCUCCGAGAGUCGCCAGACAAGGAGGGAGGAUAUAAUUACGGAAUCUGACACAGUAACAAUCCUGAGGAGUGCUUCCCAAGUAGAGGAGGCAUCCAAUAACAGCUUCACCUCGCCCUAUGACAGUCCAAGCCAACUUCAAUUUCAUGUUGCUAAUGAAACCACAGAUGGAAACGCGGAUGUACCAUGUACAUCUGCCUUAUCAGAAUUUGAGUCUAGCUCGGUGUAUGAUGAUGAAAUCAUUCCGAGAGAGGCUCCAUAUCAUGUUGCUAUUAAAACCACAGAUGGAAACGCGGAUGUACCAUGUACAUCUGCCUUAUCAGAAUUUGAGUCUAGCUCGGUGUAUGAUGAUGAAAUCAUUCCGAGAGAGGCUCCAUAUCAUGUUGCUAUUAAAACCACAGAUGGAAACGCGGAUGUACCAUGUACAUCUGCCUUAUCAGAAUUUGAGUCUAGCUCGGUGUAUGAUGAUGAAAUCAUUCCGAGAGAGGCUCCAUAUCAUGUUGCUAUUAAAACCACAGAUGGAAACGCGGAUGUACCAUGUACAUCUGCCUUAUCAGAAUUUGAGUCUAGCUCGGUGUAUGAUGAUGAAAUCAUUCCGAGAGAGGCUCCAUAUCAUGUUGCUAUUGAAACCACAGAUGGAAACACGGAUGUACCGUAUACAUCUUUUAUACCAGAAUUAGAGUCUAGCUCGCCCUAUGACGUUCCAAGCGCAUUUCCAUUUCAUGUUGCUAUUGAAACCAUAGAUGGAAACGCGGAUAUACCGUAUACAUCUGUCUUACUGGUAUCAGCCCCCUUGUCAGAUGCUGUGAGCUCAGUUGAAAGAACCAAUUGGAAUAACCAAAACUCAGAGGACUGCGAUUUUAAAAACAUCAAUUUCUUCCACUUUGACAAGUUUAAGACUCCCGUCGAUUCAUACUGCGGUGAAUUGUGCCAAUAG